UUCUAAUCCGACGAACGUGGCGUCAAUAUCGGUGCGCUGUUUCUGCUCGGCAGCACGCAUGAACGUGGCGCACUCCGUAGAGCGUUGCGUACAUAAUCGCCAGGUGUGACAGAAAAAUUACAGCAAUCGAUUAAACAAUCCAAGCCAUACGGUGUCGAAAAAUUGCAAGACAGUGUAAAAGAACGUGUCCGACGAUGAGUAAAUCUCCCGCGAGCGUAGUAUCGUCCGAUGAAACGCACAGUGCCAGUGAUGAGUCGUUGGUAAUAUCGGCCGCCAAUUCACACACCUCGCUCAGAUCCGUUGGAGUAGCGAAAGCGGUAAAGAAACCACCGAGAGACGAACCGACUACGGCCGCAAUCACGAUGGCCAAAGAACGACCACCAUGGCGCCCAGCUAGUCUCACGGCGGUCGUAGUUCCACCACCACCGAAACCGGACAUAAAAGCACGGCUGCUCGAGGCUUCCAAGCGUAUGCGUCGCGUCAAUGCAGUUGUGCAGACUGAUCCGGUACACACGAAGCUGAUGAAGGAAGUGUCUACGGACGAGCAGACCGAUCUGAUACCGAUGGUGGACGAGGAAAUACUGACCGAUGGCAAUCUGGUGAUACGUGAAGUUGGCAAUCUGAUACUUACCCACUCGGUGGCGCAAAUGACGGACGGUGUGGAAACGUGUGACAGCGGUACCCAGACCGCCAUUCCCCGGAGUGGAAUUUCGUUUCGGAAGUUCCUCGAACCGAUCGCCGUAAACGAGCUGCAGAGUAACGCGGUUCCUAACUCUUUCAAACUUACAUCGGAAGAAUGUCAUGUAGACAUGGACAUGGGAAAGCCGGAAUCGGGAUUGCUCUCAACCACGCUGGAACCGCUCGGUGAAAGCUUUGCCAACGGUCCACCAGAACCAUGCUCAUCGCAGAGUGGCAGUGAUAGCAUCAAGGAACCGAACACACCCGAUUUGAUUAGUGCAACCGUUGAAGGCGAUCCAUCUCCACAUCGUACCGCGACCUUGCUAGAAACGCCCACGUUCGCAGCCUGGCAAAAUCUGGACUUUUCCGACGACGAGUCAGAAGGCUACGUUCCGCGCGAGCUCCCACGUCGACCGAUCGGAGAAGGUGAUCGUCCGUGGGCAGAGUUUAAGGAUCUGGUGAUUGGGUCACGGGUAGCCAACAUGCGACUCUCGCCCGUACCGCCACGAAGGCCCCGAGCACCUAACCAAAAGACAGUGACAUGGAGCGACAGGCAACACCGUGCGGUAUCGAAGUUGAUAAACGAAGCAACCGCACUGGUUGAUAUGUUCGAUCACGUUUCGCUGUUGCUAGGGCCGGAUAUUACGCUACACAAGCUUCCACCACAGCAAGAGUUUCGGCUUCCGCCAGCGAAAUGGGAACCACUGUUGACAAAGUCCUGCGAUUUGCUGGAGGAAAAGCUAGCUCAGGUAAGGCAUCUUUCGAUGAGCGAUUUCGAAAGCCAAGCAAUACCGGCGGACGCGAAAGUAUCGUCCUGCACCUCACCGAUGAUAUCGGACGUUGGACCAGAAGACAUUUAAUCGACUUGGGGCUGAUAAAAGAUAGCUUUAUUUAUCUCGAACUAAACCCAAUCACGAUAGCGCUACGUUAACAGCCACAAGGAGAGACACUGUCCACCAAGCAAGAUGUCCUGCGCGUACAAUCGGUCCACCAUUCAUGGGCCCAUUGCAAUCCUCCUCUUCGCAUUCUUCGCAAGCUGACAUCCGGUACACGGAGUUGAAUGCUUCAUUGCCCUGGCGUGAGAGUAGGGCACACUCUCCACUAAUGGCACACCCGCGCCAUAUUUGUUCCGGUGUUUCAGCGGAGCUUGGAACCAACCGUUUAUAGCCACACACCGUUCGGACCGGAUUGUUGGUAGCGCUGAAUGGCGUGCAGGAAACCUUUUCCAGCGUCGCGAGAUUAUCACAGUCCAGAUCAUUGUUGUCGGUGCUGCAGCUAUAGCACUCUAAACCGUGCGAGAAAGGUGCGGCCAGUAUACCGACGAACAGCAGCGGAAGAAUUGAUCGCACGAGGAUCAUGUUGAUAUGUUUGUUCGCAGCGACAAGUUUGAUUGAUACUGAAUUGAUUGUCUGGAUGGGAGCGGUAUACCUUCCUCGCUAUAUUGACUGACGGUGCUCUACCUUGAACGGUAAGAUAGUGCAGUGAGUACUCAGCUUAAUUCUAUGAUAACCGGAAGACGCUGGGUCCACCAGCGCCACAAUAGCCUGCAAUGCCAUUGAAAGCUACGAGUGGGCCGAUAGGUAGCAGGCAGAUAGCUGAUAUAAUAGUAAGUGAAGUACAAGACAGUUUUCUAAUCUUAUUUACACAGUUUUAUUUAUUGUCUUAUCGAUCGUCAUCGAUUCCGGUAAACUUAACAACCAACAAAAACGAGUAAAACAAAACAAAACAUCAUGAAAAGAAACAGUUCAGAGCAUCUAACGGCAACAGAAACACGUUUCUCUCGGUGUAACACUACGCUGUGACAGUAGCGUGAAGCUUAAGCCAUAACACAACAAAAUGCAAUAAAAUAAAGUAAGAUGAAAA